AUGAUCAUCGUCAACGUUAACGACCGACUGGGUACGAAAGCUGCUGUGCCGUGCUUGGAGUCUGAUACCGUGGGCCAGCUGAAGAUGAUGGUCGCCGCCCGAAUCGGUCGUGACCCUGGCCAGAUUAUCCUGAAGCGACAGAGCGAGAGACCGUUCAAAGACCACAUUACCUUGGGAGACUAUGGCAUCUCGAACGGCGUGCAACUGGAUCUGGAAAUUGAUACACGGGACUAA